ACUUCGCAUUGAGCUCGAGAGGAGAGGACACGGAGGAGAAUGGCGAAUCAAAGUACAGACACGCAUCAACCGUCGAAUAUGCAGACUUACGGUGUUCCGAUUUACGCCGCCGAAUGGAUCCCGGAGGUGUCUGUUAGAUCUAAAAUCAUUAUGGAUCCGAAGAAAUCCGAAGAUGAUGUUGAUGAGUCGGAGUCUGAGUCGUCGUCUCGGAGCUGCAUCGUUUUGUGUGGCGGAGGCGGAGAGGGACGAAGCGGAAUCCCCAACGUCAUCUUAAUCUGUCGUGUUGAUCUCGACACCAACUCUCUUUCCGAACAACCUUUGGGUAAGCUUGUUCUUGGCACUGAUCUACCUUACCGGAUGGCUGUUCAUCCUCGAGAAGGUGGUCUUAUUUGCGCGUUGCCUAACAGUUGCAGACUGUUUGAUUGGCCAAAUAUUAUGAGCCCACGAGAGGAUAAUCAGACUACUGAAGAGUCAGAGGAAGUGAUUAAAGAGUUAGAAGAUGUUGGACAACAGUUGGCUCUAGCGUUCAAUCCGGAGGGAACUGUGCUCGCUGCUGGUGCGGAGGAUGGGACGUUGAGGGUUUUCGAAUGGCCCAGCAUGAAAACGUUGCUUAAUGAGUCUCAGGCACAUUCAUCAGUCAAAAGCCUAACUUUCAGCGAAGAUGGUAAAUUCCUUGUAUCCCUUGGAGGUCCACUUUGUCGGGUUUGGGAGGUGAAUGCUUCUACUGCUGUUGCCAGUCUAUCAAAAGAGAAGGACGAGAUGUUUGCCUCAUGUAGAUUUUCUGUAGACAGUGCAGGCAAUGAAGUUCUUUACAUUGCUGCAAACACUGAACGUGGUGGGAGUAUUAUAACAUGCGAUACAACAUCAUGGAAACGAAAAGACUCAAAGCUUAUAAAGAACAACUCUAUAUCAGCCUUUAAUGUCUCUGCUGAUGGAAAAUUGCUUGCAAUAGGAACCCUUGAAGGAGAUGUUAUGAUACUUGAUUCGACGAGAAAGCAAACUAAACAAAAUGUCAAGAAAGCGCAUCUUGGUUUGGUCACAGCACUGACUUUCUCACCUGAUUCAAGGUGCUUAGUGUCAGUUUCUUUAGACUCAAGGGCAAGGCUAACUGUUAUUGAAGCAAAGGGUGAAAAACCUGGAACAAGGUGGUGGAUACUUGCAAUAUUGUUCGUGUUCCUAUACGUGGUUGCAUAUUAUUUUUUGAAGGCAAAGGGGAUCAUACCUUGAAAAGGCCUUUUGAGUGUUACCCCACCAGACGAUACAGCGGAGGGGCUUGUAACCAAACAAAUAUCAUACGCUCUUUGAGUUAGGCUUUUGGCGUUUGUUUUUGACAAAGUCUCAGGGAUUCUUCAAUUUUUACCCGAUACUUGCAUGGUUUUAUAUCAUAAAAAAAUGUAAACUAA